CUCCCAUCCUCGCCUCCUCCACUCCUCCACUCCUCCACUCCUCCAUCCACACCAUGCUCUCGAUUCUACGCCACUCCAUCCUCCCAGCACGCCGGGAAGUCUUCGCUGCGCGUGCGCUGUGGACUGCUGCGCCUCUCCUCAAAGAGGCCGGCAAGGUCGGGCGGCCGCGCAAGGUCAACACGGACGGGACGCCCGCGACACCUAAGCCGAGGGCGAAGAAGGCCGAGAAGCCCAAGAAGCCCAAGCUUGCCGACGCAGAUGUGCCCCCCAAGCGGCCCGUGUCGGCGUACGCGGCCUUCUUCAAAGAAUGGUUCGAGGAGCACGCGCCGGCGCUGCGCGAGCGCGGCAAGCUCGACGUGACGGAGCUGUCGCGCGUCAUCGGCGCGGCAUGGACCAACCUCCAGACCUUGAACCCCGCCAAGGUCGAGGAGAUGCAGGCGCGCGCCAAGGCUGAGCUCGCGGCGUACGACAAGGUGUACCGCGACUGGUUUUUUGCGCGCACGCCCGCCGAGCGCGCCAACAUUGAGAAGAUCUCGGGCCGCCGCCUCGUCUUCCCUGGCGGCCGCGCAAACUUCCGCCGCGACCUCCGCAACCGUCCCGGCAACCCCGGCCGGCCGAGCUCGAGCUUCUUCGAGUUCCUCCGCUCCCUCACCCCCGAGUUCAAGGACCAUCCCGACGUCGUCGGCAAGCCGGGCAUCCGGGGACACCAAGCUAUGGCCAAGCUUGCGAGCGAGCGCUGGCGUGCGAUGGCGCCGGAGGAGAAGGCGAAAUGGCAGGAGAUCACCAACGACCGCAAGGCCAAGUUUGACGAGUGGUUCAAGACCCAGGCUGAGGCCGGUCCGCAGAAGUAGGCGUGAUGAGAUGGAGACUGCUUUGAGUGGGUGG